GUUACAUUUAGACGGCAUUUGAGAUCGCCACAAACCCCAGGAACGCAUUGAUAUGCCCCGUUUUAUCGAGGCCAGGCCUCUUCAGCUUCGUUUGUAUUCAAUAUCCUCCCUAGCCGCAAUGAGACCUCGAAAUUGGCACGCGUCUUGACUUCUUUUCUUCACAAUAACCUGACACCUUUCCUUCCUACCAUCUUAUAGUUUUUUGCCUGGAACCACCGCAAUCAUGUUGAAGCAGAUGGCAUUGACCCUUGUGGUGGUCAACGGCAUCUUCUUAUCACUCGCAUGCAUCACAUUAGGAUUACGAGUAUGGAUCCGAUCUUCUCGGGGAGCCCUGGGCACCGAUGACUGGCUAUUGCUUGUUGGCCUGCUUCUGUUCGUUGUGACUGUCGCUAUGUCAACAAUGAGUGCACAUCAUGGUCUUGGCGUACACAAUUAUGGCGCUUCCGCGACUGAAAUGCAAGAUGGGGUGAUGUACUUCGCACUCUGGCAACUCUUCUACGUCACAAGCACUGUCCCAGUAAAGGCAUCUAUCUGCAUCUCCCUCCUCCGGAUCACCACCAAGAAACUGUUUCGGAGGAUACUCUGGGCUCUAAUCGUGCUAUCAUGCAUCAGCACCUUCAUGGCAUGCGUCGUGGUUUGGUCCACCUGUCGCCCCAUGGCGGCCACUUGGGACAAGUCGAUCAAAGGCGCGAAGUGCAGCUCACUUGAGAUGAUUAUUGCUUUGAGCUACCUGGUUUCAGGCGUAAACGUGGUCACCGACUGGACUUGUGCAGUAAUGCCGGCUUUCAUUCUUUGGGACAUCCAGAUGCGAACGAAACUAAAAAUCUCCGUCUGCUUUAUCCUGGGCAUGGGAGCCGCCGCAAGCACGGCAACUUUGAUUCGUCUCAAGGCUAUUCCCUCUUACAGAAACGCGAACGAUUACCUCUACGGAAUCGCAGAGAUUGCAAUUUGGUCGACCGUUGAAAUCGGCCUCGGUAUUAUCGCUGGGUCCGUCGCAACAUUGAAACCUCUCUUCAACAAGGUCUUCGGUAGCAGUACCGACCCCAACUCGUAUGCAGACGGCCACACCCCGAGACCUUAUCCCGGAAGCUAUCGACUGCGCGAUGUGUCUAAAAGCGGAUCUAAGAGUGGAAUAGAGACGAUUGUUACUGGGCGAGGGGAAAACGAUCGAAGUGAUAUCAGCGACGAGGACACAGCGAGCCAGCGGAGGAUAUUAGGAAGGACCAUGAUAGGCCCAGGCGGCAAGCAGAACGGUGGAGGCAUUAUCGUCACCCGCGAUAUUAGUGUGCAGGAAGGGUCGAGCGCGGAAUUCAAGUCGACUAAUAAGGCAAGGAGGGUGGCUGACAUGACAUAAGUGUCUUUCGAUCGAUGAAUCGCCUUACUCGAACGUUUCGGAGGCAACAAAGAGUUUGAGUAUAAUGUAAGGAGACGAUAAUUGGUUAGGGCGCUACGAAAUUAUCUGCGAUUAAUCACAGCUGCACUUCGUCAUCGAACGAUAGCUGACGGACGGGAUGAGCACCGACUCAGAUCCACGCACGUCAACGUUUGCAUCUUGUCCCGAUGGUUGAAAGCCUCCGUGAACUCCCAGCGGUAGCAAACGAAUGUACACAGGCUUCUUGUAAGGCAAUGUAAAUGCUUUAAAUUAAAGCAUACUUAGUGUACGCCUGCUCCGAACAACCUGCGCUGCUAUGAACAGAUAUUGGAUGUUAAAAGGCAUUCGUCGCAAGUCAGCCCCAUCAAUCUUACACCC